AAAGCAACUUCCGUUUGUCAAGCUAGCCAUUCGGCUCGCGGCGGAGGACUUUGAUUCAUGUUGUCACUGACUACACAGAGAGGUGCAUUAAGUUACCCAAAUGUACGGUUGUUGAGAGAAGCGGAAAAAGAAAGAAAAAACUAAUUUCUGCGAGAAUGACAGACUUGGGGAUUUCACUGGCACUAUUGGCCACAACAGUACUUCUCUGCGAGGCGACGCGCAUACUGAUCUCGCGCCUCUUCUCUGGCAAGGAUUAUGCGAUUUACCUAGUGGAAAUUGUCUCGACCUACCAGCUCUGUGCAUGUACGCACGAACUCAAAGUCCUGGGCGAAGUUGGCAGAAUCGAACCGCAUAUAGCACUCACACUGACUUUCAUAAUCACGGUGGUCCACGUAAUAACUUUUCACGGGGCGUUCGCCAACCCAAAUGGUGCUAUCGAGAACGUUUACCGCAAGAAUAUCACAGGGAAAACCGCGGUGGCGCGCAUAACUUGUAUGUUUAUAGGUGGGAAAGCAGCGCAGCUCCUCGUGCCCCACAUUUGGUCCUUGGGUCUAUCCGACCACCACCUCACGCACAAAAGGUUCGGAUUUAAAUGCUUCAGUCCCAUCAAUGGGUCCCUGUUGGAGGCCGCUGGUGUGGAGCUGGCUUGCACUUUCGCUGUCCAAGCCGCAGUCCUCCACAUUCAUAAACUAGACGAGAGAUUCCACGCCCCUGUCAUCGCUGCUGUCAUUACGUCACUGGUUUACUCAGGGGGUCAUAUUUCAGGGGCUAUUUUCAACCCAAUCAUGGCCUUCUCCGUCCAGUUCCCCUGCAGUGGACACACCUUCCUGGAAUAUGCUUUUGUCUACUGGCUAGGACCAGUCACAGGCAUGGCAAUGUGCAUCCUGCUGUUUGACAAAAUCAUCCCACUCCUAUCUGGGAAAAGCGCAAUGGGCGUGGGCAUCCCUGUUGUCCAGAAGAAGAAGAUACAGUAACAUGAGAUAAUGGCUUUAGCCCUCUGAGUAGGCUCCUUUAUAUAUGAUGGUGCCAGGGCGGCCAUUAGUAUUUGAUUAUUAUGGUCACCUUAACAUGACUAGGUCUAAGGGCGUUCACACAUACUAAGUCUUAACUUUGUGGUCACUGAUCACAGCACAAGUUCAAUUUAUGCUGCCCUAAAAAAGGGCCAUAAUAUCAGCUGUUGAUCAGUAAAACAUUUUUACUUAAAUUGAAGAUUUGAUGAAAAAUAUGCUGAGAAAAGGCUCCCUGGACUUUGUCAUUAUGCAAUAUUUUAGUUAUUAGUGCAGGGUUACCUCUAAUGGCAUAACAUGUUCCUGUAUGAACCUAUCCAAAACUGUCAUGACCUCAUGAAUUGAAAUUAACCUUAUACUCUGGAUGACUACAGCAAUGGCAUACAGUGCAUUCAGAAAGUAUUCAGACCCCUUGACUUUUUCCAUUGUUACGCUAGCCUUUUUCUAAAAUGUAUUAAAAUUGUUUUUCCACCCCUCAAUCUAAAACACAACACCCCAUAAUGACAAAUCAAAAAACAGGUAGACAUUUUUGCAAAUUUAUAAAAAUAGGGAAAUAUGACAUUUACAUAACUAUUCAGACCCUUUACUCAGUACUUUGUUGAAGCACCUUCAGCAGCGAUUACAGCCUCGAGUCUUCUUGGAUAUAACGUUACAAGCUUGGCACACCUGUAUUUGGGGAGUUUCUUCCAUUCUUAUCUGCAGAUCCUCUCAAGUUGUGUCAGGUUGGAUGGGGAGUGUUGCGGCAGAGCUAUUUUCAGGUCUCCAGAGAUGUUCGAUCAGGUUCAAGUCCGGGCUGCUCAAUGACGUCCAGAGACUUGUUCCAAAUCCACUCGUACGUUGUCUUGGCUGUGUGCGUAGAGUCAUUGUCCUGUUGGAAUGUGAACCUUCGUCCCAGUCUGAGUAACUGAGCGCUUUGGAGCAGGUUUUCAUCAAGGAUCUUUAUACUUUGCUCCGUUCAUCUUUCCCUCGAUCCCGACUCGUCUCCCAGUCCCUGCCUCUGAAAAACAUCCCCACUGCAUGAUGCUGUGUUCAUCUUUCCCUCGAUCCCGACUCGUCUCCCAGUCCCUGCCUCUGAAAAACAUCCCCACUGCAUGAUGCUGUGUUCAUCUUUCCCUCGAUCCCGACUCGUCUCCCAGUCCCUGCCUCUGAAAAACAUCCCCACUGCAUGAUGCUGUGUCGUGGAAAUUCAUGUAUACUGAGAGAGAUUUGGACAAUUAUUCAAACAAUCAAUCUUUAACAUUGAUUCAUUAUUGCAAUAAUGAAGCUGGUCGACAGCACACUCUGAAGUGUGUGUUGCAUAGCGCUUAACCUUCCAGAGGAAUCCUGGUUCUUAUAUAGCCGACACUAAAAUGCUUAGUCAUGGCUGGUUCCACCCCUCCCAUGCAGAUCAGGAGACUCAGACACUUUGGGUUCAUCUUGUGAUUAUCUGCACCUGGUGCCGUUUUAACCCACAACCCAGCUUCGUUUCUAAUCAUCCUUGUAUUUGGGCAACUAUGAGGGAUUUUGUUCUACUCCUCCAGGCUCUCUCUGUUACACCCUCCACAUCUCGUCUAUGGAAUGCAGUCUUUAGGUUUUAUCACCAAGUCAAACGGUCAUCUAAAGCUCUCUCUAGUUACCAUACGCUUAUAUUAGCUGCAGGGAGCUAGAGUAUAGACCAUAAAAACAUAUCAUUAGAACAGAAAUGUCCCACUCUUUCAAAUAUAUAAUUGUUAAAUAUCAAACAAAUCAUGUAAACAUGUAAUUUCUCACAGCUGCCACCACGCUUCACCGUAGGGAUGGUGCCUGGUUUCCACCAGACAUAAUGCCUGGCAUUCAGGCCAAAGAGUUCAAUAUUGGUUUCUUCAGACCAGAGUGUCCUUUAGGUGCCUUUUGGCAAACUCCAAGCGGGCUGUCAUGCCUUUUACUAAGGAGUGGUUUCCAUCUGGCCACUACCAUAAAAAGGCCUGAUUGGUGGUGUGCUGCAGAGAUGAGAGAACCUUUCCAGAAGGACAACGAUCUCCACAGAGGAACUCUGGCGCUCUGUCAGAGUGACCAUCGGGUUCUUGGUCACCUCCCUGACCAAGGCCCUUCUCCCCCGAUUGUGCAGUUUGGCCCGGCGGCCAGCUCUAGGAAGAGUCUUGGUGGUUCCAAACUUCUUCCAUUUAGUAAUGGAGGCCACUGUGUUCUUGGGGACAGGUAGACAGGUGUGGCUUUCCAUUUGAAUUCACCACAGGUGGACUCCAAGUUGUAGUAACAUCAAGGAAGAUCAAUGGAAACAGGAUGCACCUGGGCUCAAUUUGAAGUCUCAUAGCUUUGUCAGUGUGUCAAUUGGAGUACAUUUUUAUUUAAUCCAUUUUAGAUUAAGGCUGUAAUGAAACCAAAUGUAUAAAAAGUUAAGGGGUCUGAAUACUUUCCAAAUGCACUGUACCAUGUUGUUGCUGUGUGAACCUUAUACCCUGGAUGACUACACCAGUACAACAUACUCAAUAUGAGCAGAAUGAAAAGACAUGUCCCUAAGGGAGAGGCUAUACAGACACGCUGGUGCCCAAAUUGGUGACUUUUGUCUCGCAGCAAGAGCAGUGGCGACAAACAUUUGGUUCAGUCCGAAACCUGGUCUCAGACUAGAUGUAACAUAGUAAAUGAAAAUCCGAGACACUCAGUAUGAUAACAAGACAAAUGGCAAAAACAAAAAGUACGGUAGUUACAUCGCAAAUGUCUACCAACCCAAAGGCUGAGUUUGAAUCAGACACAUUUUUAACCAAUUAGCUAAUAACUGAUUUACUACUUUUCAUGUUAGGUUAAAGAGUUAGUGAACCCUUCCCCUAACUCCUGAACUUAGCCACCUAGCUAGAAAUUGUUUCAUACAUUUUGCAAAUUCAUCACAUACAGUAUGUUUUAGCAAAUUAUUAACUUAAGAAUGAAAUUCAUAACAUAUACGAAAUUGGUAAUGGACAUUCAAACAUAACAUUUACUAAAAUGCAGUGUCUCGGCUUUACAUACAGAAUAAUAAGAAAUUCUCUGACCACAGCACAGCAGCAGCUAGUCGUCCUGAGCCAUUCAGCUAGUUUAAUGAUUGUGGCUAGUAACUUAAGCUAGAAUUUGAAACUUGUCUGAACUAAGUUAGGAUUUGGGAGUUUUCAGAAGCAUCCAGUUAAAUAGGAGUAAUAGUUUAUUUAAUAAAAACAUUUGAACGUUAGAUGUUCACUACAAUAAAAAUGUGCUUUAGUGUAGCCAAUCAGGCCAGGGUGACUGCUAUCUAGUGAGCAGUGUAGGUAGACUGUUUCACGGUAACAUCCAGAUGGUUACGACAAAUAUUACAAGUUAAUUCUCAUGUAGGCUGCCAUCCUCCUCAAAAUAAAAUCAAGUGUGAGGAAACAAAUUGGAGAUCGUGACCAAAACAAGUUAUUUCUCCCUCGUCCAUUGACAAAACAGCACAUUUGUUUACAAGGGCUUAUCAGGACGACUGACUGAACCAAACCCAUGUCUCUACACUCGACUCUCAGCUGCGUGACAUACAGUGCAAUGCAAAAUAAUUCACCCCUUUGGUGUUUUUCCUAUUUUGUUGCAUUACGACCUAUAAUUUAAAUGGAUUUUUAUUUGGAUUUCAUGUAAUGGACAUACACAAAAAUAGUCCAAAUUGGCGAAGUGAAAAAAUUCACUUGUUUCAAAAAUGUCUAAAAAAAAUAAACAGAAAAGUGGUGCAUGCAUAUGUAUUCACCCCCUUUGAUAUGAAUCCCCUAAAUAAGAUCUAGUGCAACCAAUUACCUUCAGAAGUCACAAUUAAAUAAAGUCCACCUGUGUGCAAUCUAAGUGUCACAUGAUCUCAGUAUACACACGUUCUGAAAAGCCCCAGAGUCUGCAACACCACUAAACAAGGGGCACCACCAAGCAGGCAGCACCAUGAACAACAAGGAGCUCUCCAAACAGGUCAGGGACAAAGUUGUGGAGAAGUACAGAUCAGGGUUGGGUUAUAAAAAAAUAUUCUAAACAUCUCACAGAGCACCCAUUGAAUUCAUUAUUAAAAAAGGGAAAUAAUAUGGCACCACAAACCUGCCAAGAGAGGGCCUCCCACCAAAACUCACAGACCAGGCAAGGAGGGCAUUAAUCAGAGGCAACAAAAGAGACCAAAGAGAACCCUGAAGGAGCUGCAAAGCUCCACAGCGGAGAUUGGAAUAUCUUUCCAUAGGAGCACUUUAGCUGGGAAGAGUUGCAAGAAAAAAGCCUUUGGGGCAGUGACUCAAGUUCACGCUCAAGUUCUGUUAGUCGUAUUUCUUGUUUGUUUCACAAUAAAUAAUCAAAAAGGCAUGAGUAAAUCAAAUGAUACAAACAUACAACAAACAAAUCAAUCUUAAUUCCAGAUUGUAAUGCAACAAAAUAGGAAAAAUGGCCGGGGUGAAUACUUUCACAAGGUACUGUACAUCCAUUUGGGCACUAGGCCUCUCCCUAAUGUCGUCAGUCAUUGUGACAUACCUCAGUAGAAAGAAAUUCUGCAUCACAAAUGGAGCCAGGCGUUUGCAGCCCCUCAAAUUUAAUAUGAACUUUGUUCCAAACGAUGGAGUACCUUAAUCUUUGCAUGUGUGCUGGUUUUUCACCAAGAUUCAACUGUCCCAUUUUAGUAGAGUCAUGGUACCAUUCCGGGUAUAAAUUUGUCUAAAAACAAGGGUUGAUGAUGAUUAGACAUUUAAGGGGUCAUAUGGUUCAUGUCAAACAAUGCAUAAUAACUGCAAAGGUCAGUUUGCUCUUUGGCAGAAAGAGAGAACUCAAAAUGUGUAGGCAGACCCAGGCAUUACCUUACUGCAGUUACAUAACAGUGAGUCUUUGAAAUGGCAUCCUAUUCCCUAUAUAUAGUGCACUACUUUUGACCACAGCCCUAUAAGCCCUGGUCAAAAGUAGUGCACCACACACACUAGUGAAUAGGGUGCAGUUUAAACAGUCACAGAAAACAAAACAAAAAUUCCUCUACUCAGUCACUACUCCACUUCUAUACAUGUUGAUUGUAGAAUGAAUUCUACAAUGCUGUUUGGCCAGCAGUACCUCAGUAGCUUCUCAGGCCAAAGAAGAGUAUUCCAUUGGUUAAAUGAUGCAUGGAGAUUGUUUUGUUCUUUAAGAGAGCAGUCUUGCUCUCAGUGGUGAUUGUGCUACAUAAUUCAAAAAUAAACUUUUUUUUAAAGGACA